AUGUCCUCAACCCGUCGCGACACCGACGAGACCCGUCCACUCCUCCACAAUGGCGACACCCGGCCCGAGUCCUACCAUUCCGCAGAUUCCGACGACACCCAACCACCAGAGCCAGUCGAUGCAUCCGCGGAAAGCAAGGUCUCUCGGGCUGACCUCUUCUGGGUCCUAGCUGGCUUGUGGAGUGCGGUCUUUCUGGGGGCUCUGGACGGUACGAUUGUAGCCACGCUGCUAUCACCCAUUGGAAGCUACUUCAACGAGUCGAAUCGUUCAUCUUACAUCGGCACAUCCUAUCUACUAUCAGUAUGUUGUUUUACACCUCUAUAUGGUCGACUGUCCGACAUCUUGGGCCGUAAGGGUGCUAUGCUUCUCGCGCUCUCCUUCUUUGGUUCUGGCACACUACUAUGUGGUCUCGCGCCCUCGAUGGACGCACUCAUUGCUGCUCGCGCACUAGCUGGUAUGGGUGGAGGCGGAGUGAUGACAGUCUCCAGUGUCGCUGUAACGGAUCUAAUUCCCCUCCGUCAGCGCGGUUUAUACCAGGGCAUGACUAAUAUUUUGUUCGGCUUGGGAGCCGGUCUGGGAGGCCCUCUUGGAGGAUGGAUGAACGACGCCCUCGGAUGGCGGUCCGCGUUCCUCCUUCAGAUGCCCAUCCUGGUGUUCUCGUUUAUUCUGGUCGCCGUGAAAGUUUCCAUCCGCCUUCCGGACGAAGUGGAGAAUCAGCCCCUGCAUGUCAAACUACGACGUAUCGAUGUACUUGGCUCGUUCACGUUGGUCGGCAUGGUCGGCUGCUUGCUUCUCGGCCUGUCGCUGAAGUCGACCGAGGAACUUCCUUGGGCGCAUCCUCUAAUCUGGGGACUGCUGCUUGCGAGCGUCGUAUUCUGUGUCCUGUUCAUCUGGGUUGAGACAUCGUUUGCGCCUUUCCCGGUUAUGCCCAUGCGCCUGAUCAGACAACGGACACCUUUGUUCGUGUCGCUCUCAAAUUUCUUUGGUAGCGUCGCUGCUUUCUCGAUGAUUUAUAACGUUCCAUUAUAUUUCUCGGCUGUUAGACUUAGCUCAUCCACAGAUUCUGGACUACACUUAUUGCCUCAUUCUAUUGCCAUCUCCACCGGAAGUGUUUUCGCCGGAUGGGUGAUGCGUCGGACCGGCAGACUGUAUAACCUUACCUUAUUCUCGUGUCUCCUGACUGUAUUCGCCGCAACGCUCUUGGCCAUGUGGAACGAGAACUCAGCACCAUACCACCUGUGGUUCGAUAUUGUUCCACAGGGAUUUGGGAUGGCCAGUGUCAUCACCACCACACUCAUCGCGAUGAUCGCGAGCGUCACGCGAGAGGACCUCGCUGUGGCCACUGGCAUCACAUAUCUAUUCCGGACGACCGGGCAGGUCAUCGGUGUCAGCCUGAGCGGUGCCCUUCUGCAGUAUGUGUUGACGGCGAAACUUCGUCAACGGAUACAAGGGCCCGACGCGGCUUCGGUACGUCACACCAUAUGCCCACACUCCACGACAAUCAUCCCGACAUUAGAGCCGUCGUUGCGAAAAGCGGCCGUGGACUCGUACGCGGACGCCCUCCGCGUCGUCUUCAUCUGCCAGGCCGUGAUGAACCUCGUGUGCUUCCUGUGCUGCCUGCCAAUCCAGGAGAACCCAUUACCGUGCGUGUCCCGUCCUUCUCUUCGCCUCCACCCUCGUGCCCCUCGCCUCGCCUUGCCCUCACGGCAUUCCCCAGCCGUUGGACUCAGGGCUCUAUCAGAUGGUGCGAAUCAGUGCUGA